UUGUCCUGAUAGCUACAUACUCAAAAGCCGAAGACUGUCAGUCCAAAGUUGACAUGGCAAAAGUUGGUCAGCCCAUGGAUGAAGAUACCGAAGAGAAUGAGUCCAGUGAGGACGUCUCAUCAAUGCUGGCCAAUUGUUUCGAAGCACCAACAGUUGCCAGACCCCGUGCUCCUGCUCAGCUUCAAAUGGUUCCAGCAGGACCCUUCUACUCAACUUAUCAUGGUCAUGAUGUCCGUUAUCUCGAGAGUUUACUGGACGGUUUGUUGCUGAUUCACAGAGAAGCACCAGUGAUAUUCUUGGCUGGUGAUUCAUCUUUGGACAACAAAACGUGGCUUUUUAAUCAGGGUGCACCAGCAGACCAUUGGCGACCAUCCUCAGCGCAUGCUCCAGCAGUGAAUGGCUAUGAGCGUUUGCUACAACCACCCAGGAUGGUUUGCGAUGUGACCUACUGGAUGAAUCAGAUUCUCUAUGAUUUGAAAGCGAACGCCAUUGCUUUGAACACGGCCAUUGAAGCCACGACCUUGGCAAGUCGAGUGGGUGGAGUGCAGUGCUGUGUGGUGCCAUCCUGCUGUGGGCUGUAUGAACAAGAGGAAUUGAUCCGCGAUCGGAUUCGACCCUGCGACAUGCUGGUGAUCUCCAUCGGCGGCAACGACAUCGCGCUGGCGCCGUCGAUCUUCACGGUCAUUGCCAUGGUACUUCUGAUGCUGACGCCCUGGCCGCUGCUUUUCUGCUUCCACCCUGCAGUGGCCUAUUUUAUUGGCCUGUUUCGAUACCAGGUUCAGUGCUAUGCGGAGAGGUUGACAGCAGUGACCCGACCCCGCAAGAUUGGUGUGUGCAUGAUCUACAAUUUGGACGAACGAAAUGGUGAGUCCUGGGCGAACAUGGCAUUGUGCAUCCUUUGCUACACGUGCUUUCCGGGGAUGUUGCAGCGCCGGAUGAGGUGUGUUGAUGCGUUGGCACUUGUUGGCUCAUGGCGCAAAGCGCAGCUUUUGUAUGCUUUUGUAUUUGAUCUGUCGGACAGGCUGGUCUUUGAGUUGGCCACCUCCAGGAUCAAGGUGCCUGGCAGUGAACUCGUUCCCAUCUCUCUGGCAGAUGCGCUGGAUGGGCGUUGCACGGAGGACUAUCACCAACAAGUGGAACCCAGUGUCAUUGGCGGGCAGAAGAUGGCCCGGUUAAUCUUAUCCAAAUUGGGAUGGCGUUGCGAAACCCAACAUUAUAGAUAUGAGAAACCAUGAAUUAAGAUCAAAA